ACAGCGCCUCUCUCGCUCUCUCUCUCUCUCUCUCUAGAUUCCUCUCUACUCAAAAAAUUCUCACUCUGUUUCAUUUUCAGAACUCCAAAUCCAAUUCAAUCAAUUCCAUUUUCAACUCUCUCUGAUUCUCAGAACCAAUAUCGAUUCCGAAAAUGGCCCUAGCAAGCACCAACACCGAUCAAUCCACAACCACCACUGCUUCAAAGAAACCCUCAAAAAAAUCUGAGAAUCUGAACCCUAACGUGCCUCAUCAUCGAAGCCCUUCUUCAAAGUCCCCUGCUUUGCGAUCUUCCAAGUCCAGUACCAGCAACCCAAUUGCGCAAUCCCCGCAGAACAAGAUCCGGCAGAAGAAGUUUGUGGUGGCGAAGAAGAAGAAGAAGAAUCAGAAGGGUACUCAAAACGACGCCUUUUCGUGCAAGUCCAAACACAAAGGUGGUGCCAAGUGUGUUUGUGUGGCGUACCAGACUCUGAGGGCUUCUCAGGAAGAGUUUUUCCUCAAAGAGAAGAAGGAUUGUGAUUGUGAUUUUGACGAAGAAGAAGAAAGAGAAGCAAAAGCUGAGAAUGCUAUUGAAAUCAAUGGAACAAAAAGUGAAACAGUGGCAGAUGAAGAAAAUGAAGAAAUGGAGGGUGGUUCUACUGUGAAACGAAGGAGAGAGAGGGAUAGGUUGUUGGAAGAGGCAAGGAAUAGUGUUCCUGAAAAUGGGUUUGGGAGGGUUAUGCAUUUGGUCAAGGCUUUUGAGAAGCUUCUCACUAUACCUAAGAGUUCAAAGGAGAAAGAUCACAAGGAGGAGCAUGAUAAUGAGCAUGAAGAGAAAGAGAAUAAGAGCAAGGUGAUGAAAUGGGCAUUGCCAGGGUUGCAAUUUCAACAACAUACUAAGGCACUUAAAGCAAGUACUGAAGAUGCUUCCGGUUCUGGUUCUUCUUCUUUUUGUUGUACUUCUGAUUUGGGCCAAGGGAUUUCAGUUUCUUCGUCUUGGGAUUUUAGCCGUGCAAGUGUGUCUAGUAGGAAUUCUGGGGGUAGAAGGAGCAGGAGAAAUAGCUCGGAGUCAUCUGGGACUUUUGGUGGGAGGAGGUGGAAGCAGAAGGAGAAGCUAAAAGUUACCAGGCAAAAACCAUUCAAGUUAAGGACUGAGCAUAGGGGAAAGUUGAAAGAGGAAGAGUUGGUGAAGAAAGUACAAGAGAUGAUGGCUGAAGAAGAGAAGAUGAGGAUACCAAUUGCACAGGGUAUUCCGAGGACAACAGAUGAACCUGAGUGCUUGUUAAAACCUACAGUUAAAGAAAGCACAAGGCCUAUUGACCUAAAGCUUCAUAGUGAUAUUCGGGCAAUUGAUCGUGCUGAAUUUGACCAACAGGUGGCAGAAAAAAUGAACUUCACAGAACAACUCAAGUUGGAAAAGGAAAGACAACAUAAGUUAGAAGAAGAAGAAGAAAUCAAGAGGUUGAGGAAGGAACUCAUUCCUAAAGCUCAACCAAUGCCUUAUUUUGACAGACCAUUUGUCCCAAGGAGGUCAACGAAGCAUCCAACCAUACCUAGAGAACCCAAGUUCCACAUACCCCAACAUAAGAAGAUCAAGUGUUUGGUGUCAAGGAAUGACAUGAACCGCUACUCCUCCUAUCUCAACUAAUCUUCCAAUGGUCAUUUGCUGAUAUGAAAUCAAUGAAUGCUUUCAUUUCUCCAUCAUUCUCUCCACAAUUCAAUUUUUUACAUGGGCAACUCAAUAUAUAGUUGCAAAUUCUUUUUUACCAAGUAUAUUUUAGUACACAUACUGUGACUCCAGGAGCAUCACAGUUGGAUAUAGAUGGUCGUUGCCAAGUAUCUUCCUUUCAUUGAAAUGAAAUGAAUUUACUUUGGUUUUUUUUUUUUUGUGAAUUUGUUAUUAAUUCAAUUAUAGAGAGAACAAGAGAAUUCAU